CUCCCAUAGAGCAACUCUGCACAACCCAAGCAGACAACUUUGGGACUUUGAAUGAACGUAUUUACAUUUACCUUUCUCUUCAUGUCGACUUUUCUGGAAACAUUUACACGGAUGCCAUGGUUACUCCUACCACGAUCUUACAGGUGAACAAGGUGAUGUCCAUCUUGUUUUAUGUGAUAUUUCUUGCAUAUCUUCGUGGCAUUCAGUCAAACAAUAUGGAUCAAAGGAGUUUGCCAGAAGAUUCAAUGAAUUCUCUCAUUAUUAAACUAAUUCGGGCAGACAUCUUGAAGAACAAGCUUUCUAAGCAGACGAUAGAUGUCAAGGAAAACUAUCAAAAUACAGUGCAGAAAGUAGAGGAUCACCAAGAGAUGGAUGGAGAUGAAAAUAUGAAAUCAGACUUCCAGCCAGUUAUUUCAAUGGAUACAGACCUCUUAAGGCAGCAGAGACGUUACAAUUCUCCUCGAGUUCUCCUGAGUGACAACACACCACUGCAACCACCACCACUGUACCUCACAGAGGAUUAUAUUGGAAAUUCAGUGGUAUUAAACAGAACAUCUCGAAGGAAAAGGUACGCAGAACACAAGAGCCACCGAGGGGAAUAUUCUGUUUGUGACAGUGAAAGCUUAUGGGUCACGGACAAAUCAUCUGCUAUUGACAUUAGAGGACACCAGGUAACUGUGCUGGGAGAAAUUAAAACAGGCAACUCUCCAGUUAAGCAAUAUUUUUAUGAAACAAGGUGUAAAGAAGCCAAACCUGUUAAAAAUGGCUGCCGAGGCAUUGACGACAAGCACUGGAACUCGCAAUGCAAGACAUCCCAAACUUAUGUUAGAGCACUGACUUCAGAAAACAAUAAACUUGUAGGCUGGAGAUGGAUAAGAAUAGACACUUCCUGCGUGUGUGCAUUGUCAAGAAAAAUAGGAAGAACAUAAAUCUGCAUCUCUUUGCUAUAUAAGUUAUUACUUUAAAUUAUAUGAUAUGCAUGUAGCAUAUAAAUGUUUAUAUUGUUUUAUAUAUUAUAAGUUGAUCUUAUUUAUUAAACUUCAGCAAAUCUACAGUAUAUAAGCUUUCUCUCUCAAUAAACAAGUCUCUGCUAUGGGCAACUCCAGAUUUCUUUAGACUAUGUUUGUGACACUGUCUGUUGGCAGAACACCAUAACCUGACUGUAAAAUCUGUGUAAAAUCAGUAUUCUUCAUUCAGUAUAGUCAAACCAGUGACAGUUAUUUAGUAAACUUGUUAAAAAUCAGAUUGGUGUCAAGAGUUGUGUACAUAUUUGUAUCUCUCACUAUACACUCACAUUUAAUUGGAUUCAGUAUCAACAAUCAAAACAGAAAAGAACUAAAAUAUGAGUCGUAGCCUGUAGCCGAUGUUGUUGUCAGAGUCGUCAAGUAGCUGUAAAAUACAAUUUAUCUUUAUUGUGUCAGUUUUGUCAGUGAGAUGACCAUUUUCCCUGUUAGCAUUUCAGGAUGAUUGUUUAUAAUCCAGCAACCACUGUUGUUUUUAAAGCACAUAAGUUUUGCAACUAUUUCUAAUGCUGACAAUUAAUCUUAGAAACAAUAUUUUGAAAAUCUAAAGUGUUUGUAACUAAACUAAUGAGACCAAGAGCAGAUCUAAAUGGAUCAUUAAUACGUAAAUGAUUAUUUCUUCUGGAUAUAGCAUUUAUUGUGAUUGACCUUUUCUUCUACACUAAUCUAUUAUCUCAUGAUUAAUUUUUACAUCAUUCUUCUCUGUCUGCAUUUUAAAAUUAGAAACAAAGUCAGUGUUGUCUUUAUGUUAAAAGAGCUCUUGGCUUAAGAAUUAUAAUAAAGAAAGAGAUUAUAUCCUAGGAUGGCUAUCAAAGCCACAAACUCACAUGAAACUGUUCUCCUCAGUAACACAGUCCCUGUUUUAAAUGGAGGGAAAAUCGAGUGGAAGCUCACAGCAAACCUGGUACCUUUCACAGAGACAUAAAAGAUUUUCUUUUUGAGCCAUACUGUCAUUAAAAUUCAGGUAAACCAUAGCUAUAAUAGAGUUAUUUACUCACACAGGUUUGUGGUUAGGGCAGAAAAACUUGCUAACAAAUACCUCAAAUUAGUUUUUGCAUCACCAUGUACUUCCAGUGGGGACACUAAUAAUUAUUCUACCUGAAGAUAAGGGCCAUUCUGCAUUAGCUAUAUUAUGCACUGGAUGGUAUCUUACUGUGAUAAAAGUAAAUCAGAAUCAUGUCAUAGAUUUUGGUCAACAGAACUAAGAUUGAACCACAUAAAUUAUUUGUCCCUAGCUAAUUCUUAAUCCACAAUCAGUGCUCAAAACAAAGCCCUUCAAAAAAGCAGCUAUAGUGGUCUUAAAUUUUUACAUUAUGGCUUUCAUUGCUGUUGCACGUUACACAUCAGAAGUGAAAAUGAGAUCAGAGUAUGCAAAAUAUGGUGAUAAGGUGCCUUUAUUCAUAUAAUUUUCACUAUUGGAGAAUCAACUUUGAAUCUGUAACAGGUGAUCAAUGUAACAAAUUGUGUGGUCUCCCCUAAUCCCUUGCAGAGAGCCCUACACAUCAUAAAAUGGACAGGUUUCUCACGAGCAGAAGCAAGGGAAUAGCUGACACUGAAAACUAGGCUGGAGCAUGGAGGUGUAAUUCUGGAGGGGAGGCCAUAAACAAAAAGUUUUUUUGAGAAUUCUCUCAGUUUUCAAUAUGAAGCCAGAGUAUUUACCUCAGAGGAAAAGUAAUCACCUCAAUGGACUAGAAGCUAACUUUGCUUCAAGCAAUAAUAGCUUCAGUUUUAGUACGAAGGCAAUGGUUAAAAGGGAAGAGAUGAUAUAACAAGCAACUCAGUAUCUAAUCUGUGAUUAGAUUUUUUUUCUGAAUUCUCCCUCCUUGGAAAACAAACAAAAGAAAACCCUCAACAGAUCUUGUGCUAUUUUUACUGGCAGAAAAGUGUAGGUUACAAUAACCUCUAACUAUCAAUUUUUCUGUUUGUGAGGAGAAGCAUAUUUUUAAGAGGACUGUCCCACUGAAAAAUUUUCCAGGUUAAAAAUCUAAUUUUACACCCAAAAUUUCCAAAUAGAGAUUAUUUUCAGAUAUAGUGAAUAGCCGAGAGCAGAUAUUGUCAUCUAUUAUUGACUUCAGAGGUUUUCACUCUUUCAUGCAUCAAUUUGGUCUAUAUCUAUAUAAGAAGAGCAUCCUCUGAACUUGGAUAGACACUGUUGCUUACAUCCCAUUAAUUGGUGACUACAUUGUUCCUGGAAUGUGGAGGGUGCUCUUGCUUACAUCACUAUACAUCCAGAGAAAGUAUACUAGAUACAGGUGAGAAUGUAUUAUUAAAGCAAUGUAAUUAAAAUCAGAAAUGAUUCUAAUCUAAUUAUUUCUACCACUGAAAAUGAUCAUUCUUCAUAGGUUUAAAGAAAACAAUUUGCUAUUUUAGUUAAAGAAAGUCAUUAUGAUUCUUAACAUCACCAAUACAUUGAGUGUUUUCUAAGUGCCCAGCAAAAACACAUCAAAGCAAAUAUAACACCAAUCAUCUGAAACAUAUUAAAUAGGAAAGAAACAGGGAGCAUAAGGUUAUGAGAUCAGCUGCCUCUUUCUUACCUCAGUAUAGAAAUGAACAGAAGUGUUACACUUUGGAUGUGAUCCAAAUUCCAUCAAAGUCAACAACAAAAAAAUACUGUGGGGAAAGCUGCAUCAGGCCAUCACUGAAGAGAAACCUGCAGAUCUCAAUCAGAGAGCAGAGCAAUUGCACUCAUUAGUCACAUGUUCUUGUAAAACCUGUGUACACUUAAG